AUAUUGUGGAUAGAACUGCUUUUCUCACAACAACAGCUUAAAAUAAUUAAAUAGUUUAUAUUAAAAUUCUUUGCAUUUUAUCCAGUGUAAGUGACUAGUGAAGGUAUAUUAUUGUUUGGUAAUAUAGGAUAGGACAAAGUGCCUCAACAACUGACAUAACCCCACCAACCAAAGUCAACAUCCCAAAUUUAGUACAGUAAUUUUAUCUAGCUAACUUAUGUUCUUUUGAGUGAUUUGAAGAACAAAAAAUACAUAAUAUCGCGUCAUUCAUAUAGGUCGCCUUCAAAAGUAACUCUGACUGCAUAGAACAAUACAGCACUAUGGAAAAACCUGAAAUAAGUGAAAUUGUGCCUUUCAAAGUCGUUGAUUGCACCCGAGAGAAACGGUUUGGCGUAGUGGCAACGUCUCUGCAGGACUUUGUAAUCAGGGCAAAAGAGAAACUGGGUCUGAACGGAGAAGCCGUGAAAGUAGUUCUUGAACAAGAUGGAACCGAAGUAGAUGAAGAAGAUUACUUUUCAACGUUGGAGAGAAAUACGAGUUUGAUGCUUUUGGCUCCUAAUGAAAAAUGGGUGCCUCCGGGUCGCACACAGAGGAGUGCUGACGAGAUAGAUGGGGGCAGAGGUAUCAGCGGUUUGUUGACUCGGCUGAGGGGAGACGUGGGCCACGUUUCUCUGCUGGGUGGCUGUGAGCUGGAACUCCUCUCUGACAUGGACCCUGACAGCCUUGUAGACAUCGUCCCAGACAGUUGUAUGGUUUCACAGAGCGUUUCUGGACCAGCUUAAGGAAGCGAGCAGCCGCGCGUUGAACGACAAGCGGCAGGCACAAGAAGCCCUCGACUUGCUCAAACUGUACCACAGCGCUUCGAUCAUCACGGCGGACGUGAACAAACGCAGCCGCGUCGCCCAGUAAUCUCCCCCCACCACUGCCCUCCGCCUCGGGGACAUGCAAGGCACGUAUACGGUGAUGAUUAAAUUGGUCAUUAAAUCUGUUGGUUUUCUUACAAUUUAAAGGACAUAGAACCGUGGAGAUGGAUUGAGAUACUAUAGGUUGGAUGGAGAAGGCUCUCUUUUUAGCAUUAUGCUCGCAUGAUUUAAUCGAAAAAGUAGUUAGUCUUUGUAAUCGAGUAAUUCAAAGUUCAGUUAAAUGAUCAAAUUGUUCACAGAAUGGGUAUUUGAUUAAUUGGCAGAUAUUUACUAGUUUUUGUUUUACAUUGGCUAAGAUAUUUUGCAUGUAAUGAACCAAUGUGUGUAAUAAACAAUUAAGAUAAAUUUGAUUUUUGUUAAAUAGUACCAAAUAUGAGGCUGUAUGAUAACUAGUCAGGUCUGCUGAGAGGAAAACAAUAAAGUGGGAGAAUAUUAGUUAUUUAGAAUCGACUCUGAGUUACUAUAAAUUACAGAUUUUUAGUUGACAACCUCUCAUUUCUUUUUAAACAAUACAGUUCUUCUCCUACGGAAUUUUAUCAAGCAAAACUGUCUCUAGUAUCCAUCUGUCUCCAUCUCAAAAUCCUAACAAGACUCUAGAGUUUUGAAUCUGUACUUGUAUUAGAGUGAGUUGUAAAGUGAAUUUGCAAAAGUAUAAUCAAUUUUGUAGUAAAAUCAACCACAAGGUUGUUGAUAAGGUUCUACUGCAUAUAUGUACAUCUAUAGUCAGUAAUUUUGCCUAACUGAUUGAGACUUUAAAUCAAUUGAUUACAACUACCUUGUACUUUAAAACAGUGCAAUAAAUAAUUUAUUUUGGGUAUUGUAA